GUAGGCCAUAUGAAUUUUCCAACAACAUUUAAAGGUGGAAUCAUCAAAGAAGCUUCAAUAUUCGUCUAUGGUCAUGGUUUUUCAAGCCUGAUGUGAAGCAUAAAGGGCUUGAUUGCUACCUUGCUAGCAUACUCUUAUGAAACGGUCCUUAGGUCUCUUAGGAAUGUCUGGCUUGAACGAAUGUGCCAAUGUAGGGGAAAUUGACACCUUGAUGUCAAAAUUUUCGAAGGACCCUUUGAACACUGAGGCAUUUUCUCAAAACGGGAUUUUAAUAGGACCAUCAGUCCAGUGUCCCCAAGAGACCAUGGCACUACUCAGUGAUCAGGGAGACCUCCUAACCAAUGUCGGUUUUAUGGACUCCAUGUGCACAGAUGGACCACCCAAAGCUGCUUAUGUCAAUGGAUCCACCUCACCCCAUAUCUCAGAUGAUAUCUUGUUGGAUAUUUCCAAAAAUGUGCCAGGAUUCCUUCCUAAGUCUUUAAAUGCACAAAAUUCUGUCACAAGCAGCUUUGAAGGACAUGAUCCACUCAGAAAAGAGGGGGAAAUAACAAUUAGGCAAACAUUGACAGCAGAGGAUGUUGAGAAUAGGGGGAUAUGGGGCUUUGAUACUGAAUCUCCAGAAAUCUCACUAGAUAAUUAUGAUGAUGCAAGUGACCUAAGCUGGAAUCCCCAGAAGGAAUUCAUGAAGUUCCUGUGGGAUGAUGAAAAUGGUCUUGAAAUGGAGGAGAAACUUCCCACUGUUCCUUCACCCAUUAGUGUUCAGCCACCGCUCGGCCACAGAAGACGAAAACGUAAAGCCGAAAUUGUAUUUAAAGUUGAUCCCUCAAUGGACCUCUAUUCUAAUUUGGAUUUUGACUCAAUAGAUCACCAGGGUGAAGGAAGCCAGGCAGAAUGCAGUCCGGUUAAGAAGAUACGUUCUCCAAGGAAAGCAUCCAAACCACGAUCGCCCAGUGUAAAAACUACAAAGUAUGUAAAUGGAGCUGCUGAGGCGGUCAAAAACCUUUUCCCCAAACCAGCUAAAAACCGUGUUUGCAAGACUGAAAUGUUGGGAUUGAUAAUGGAAAAUUUACCAACAGAUCCCGUUUCUAAGGUGGAACCUACAGUUUUUUCACGUAAGAAUAGUUAUAAAGAAAAACCUCAAGAACAAAAAUCACCAAUCACGUUUAGUGUAGACACACCUAGUUCAAAGCCAUUUAUAUGUAAGGAAUGUGAAAUGUGUUUUCAUGACCGAACUUUAUUGAUAAAUCACAUGAAUGUUCACAAGGGAGCACAACAGAAAACUAAGAAAGAAAGAAUUGAGUUGGAUAAACUUAAAGAUGAAGGUAAAGAUGCAAGUUUGCAAUGUCCCCAGUGCACAUUUGGAACCAACUGCCCAAACACCUUUGUCCAACAUGCUAAGACCCACGAGAAAGACAAGCGGUACUAUAGUUGUAAUAAGUGUGAUUUUGUGGAAAUGAAUGAAUUUCAGAUGAGGCAUCAUUUGCUUCAUGAGCACUCGGAAAGAGAUGCUGAUCUGACUGUUUGGAAAUCAGAUGGUUUUGUGGCACGCAAAGUCAGUAAAUCAAACAAAAAUGCUGCAUCACCUCCAAUGUCAUACUCCUGUUCUUUUAAAAGGAAACCUAAAAACAUCCUCGGAAAUCACGUUGACGCUUCAUGUCUGACAAAAUUUAAUGAAGACCAGAAAUGUUCCCUUGCCAGCAGCGAUGAAGAAUCAUCUGUUUGCAAAAUUCUUACCACACACGCACAACCAGAACCAAGGAUGUCGAAAUCAUCUGUGAAGCUCGAGACGUCGUACAAAAACGAGAGCAGGUUGACCAAUGGUAAAUCUAGGCGAAUACAAAAGGACAAAAAGUUACGAAAAGUUUGGACAAAUAACAAAAAAAUCCAAAGCCAGUCAAAACUUGACACAUCAAUUCACACUCUUUUAUCAAGAAAGAAAUGUGGAGACCAGAGUGCCUCAGAAUUCAAAUCUCAUCAGGAUCUUGAUGGUAUCAGUGCAACAGGGUUUCUAAGCAAAGGCCAGUGCCACAAUAACAGUUCUCUCGAUGAUGAUAAUGCAGUCUUUGGAACGGAAGGGACUUCAUCCAAAUCAAAGUGUCUGAAACGACCUAUCAUUUCUAAAGAAGGAAACGCUAAAAGCACUUCUAAAUCUGAUAAGAAUGUUACUUCUUUAGAAGAUAUUGGAAACGGUGAUUCUUGCCAGGGAUCUAGGUCAAACUCCAUACAUACGGAAAAGCAAACAUUAAAGAAGUCACCUUCCAAAAGGAAAAUGUCAACUCCAUUCCACAAUAUCCAAGGCCAAGAUAUUCUUUUAGAUUUUCCAAAAUGUAGGCAAAAUGUCAAGAAACAUGAAACAUCCAAUUGGAAUAAAGAAUGUAGAAAUAAUGAUGACUUUAUGUGUGAUUCUGAUCACAAUGUAAGUGCAUGUCUGAGCCAAGAAUGUGAUCCUGAUGUCAACGCACACUUAAGAAAACAGACGUCACCUGUAAAAGGACGUCUUGGUGCCUCCACUAGUCACUUUGCGAGAGAUCUUGGUUCUUUAAGGACAUUUUCUGUCAAAAAAGAAUACAAAGAUGAAGAGAUUUACAGUGAUGGCUCAGAGCCAUUCCCAGAUGUAAAACGUGAAUUGGGCUCUGAUCUUGAGACAGACCUGAAGGCUUGCCCUUACUGCCCUGCUGCAUUUGAGUCUGGUAUUAGUCUCUCUAAUCACAUACGUGGACAUUUGCACAGAGUGGGCAUGAAUGCACGCAAUGCAGUAUCUUCGGCAAAGCUGACUUCACCUGACAAAGUACCUCCAGUUCGGCGACAAACGCUGCCACAAAUCAAAACAGAGGUGAACACAUCCGAGACUGAUUCUAAGGCAACUGACUGUCAACAGACCGAGCUAGUCUGUCCUCUCUGUCGGGAGUGGUUUGACAAUAGGACUGGGCUUUCCAAUCAUGUACGAGGCCAUCUGAAGCGUCUGGGAAAACCGACUUCCACUGCGUCGAAAUCUCCAGUGAUCAUAUUGAAGGAGUUGAUGCGUGACAAGAAACAGUUCCAGAUGAAGUUGCAAGUUCUUGAAAGGAAGUGCAACAGCUCCAGAUUUUACCAGCCUAUUAGACUAAGUAACGGUUUAAAAUUCUCAUCUACUGUUAAACGGCACAGACACAUAUUUUCUCGAUCGGGAGAAGAAAAGAAAAAGAUAGAGAGCAAUAAAAGCUCACCCCCAAGUGAUCUGAUUGGAAUUUUAAAGAAAAGAAGGGCUCAUGAUGAGACCAAAGCAAAGCAUCUAACGCACACAGCAAGAAAGGCUCUCCUUUUAUCUUCAGGGAAAGAUCGUAGCCCGGAGAUACAACCUACCAAAGCAGUGCCAAAUUCAUUAACAGAGAAAAGUGAAAUCAAUAGAAAAGUGUGUGUGCACUGUAAUGCCACCUUCCAUAGUGGUGUUAGCCUGUCCAAUCAUUUGAGGGCAUAUGCACAUCGGAAGAAAAAAGGCCUUCUUGAUGGAACAACCUAUGACUGUAAACAAAAAAAGCAAAGAUCGAGGUCUGGUUUAAAGAAGAAAACCUUUCCAUUGCUGCAUACUUCAGAGGAAAUCUACAGAUUAACUUGCAGGUUUUGUGAUCUAGUCUUCCAAGGCCCUUUGUCAGUCCAGGAGGACUGGAUAAAGCAUUUACAAAGGCACAUUAUGAAUACUGCUGUACCACGCACAGGGGCAGGAAUGGUGGAGGUCACCACCUUCCCCAAAGACUUUUGCUCUAACACAGAACCACCGGCACAACCUUCAGUGAUGCAAACCCCCUCAUGAGCCCAGGAACUGUAUAGACGCACAUCUUGUCCUCGGAGUAUCACUUGUAUGUAAAUCGUUUGUUUCGAAAUUUUAUAUGGUCAUCGAUAAUGGAUUCAUUUUUUUCUACUCGUAAUAGGGAGUAUUCUUGUCAGACAGCUUUUUAGAUAACGUUACAAUUGUGCUGGUGUUGUACACGGUUGAUCGUACAAUUGGUGGGUGAAUGUGUUGAGAUUUCAAUUGAACCCACCACCAAAAGACAACUUUUACCUCAGAUGAUUUUCAAGGCAUCUCACAUUGGGUUUAAUACAAAACUGAAAAUCUUCUGUAUUUGACUUUUAAGCCAUUUCAAUUUCAAGAUUUUACACAAUUGCAUCUUUCUGGUGUCCUUUCUAUACAUCUCGGACGGUGCGCAGUUGAUGCAUAUGUAGAGAAAUUUAAGUCUAUAUAUAUUUACUUGAUUCAGAAGUUUGACUUAUACAAACACAUCAGUCAUUAUUAUGUGAAACAAACGGUUACAUUGAUAUUUAGCACUUCAAACAGUAUGCAUGUCAUAACUCCCUUAUUAGAUAAUUUCCCUAACAGUAACAUUUUGGUUUUCACUUACUACGUGCUAUAGAUUUUUACAUUGAUAAGUUUGCCACAUGUGCUGGAAAGAAACAUUACCUGUUACCUGUGUAGGCCAUUUUACGGUUCAAAUAUUUUUGUGUAUAAACCUUUUUAGGUAAUUUAUGUGAAAAUGUAAAUCUCUAUAAACCAUUUUGUUGUUCAGAAUAAAAUGUUUUUGUUGUCCUCAAAA